GCAAAUGAAACUCCCUAGCACCAAGACGCGACUGUGUUGGCAGACUGAUUUUUGACAAGUGCAUCUGCGGGCUGUCAUCUAUCGUCUACGCCGACGAGUAGAUUUGUUUAUCUGUCAAAGGUUCGCUCAUUCGGCCCCUAAAUAAUCGCCUGUCUCAUUAAAUCAAGCGAUAUGCUUAUCGGCGAAUAACGAGGGACACCACAGAUCGAAGACGGGCUUAACUGAAUCGUAACAAAAUGUUUCGAGAAACACCGAAGAUUGUAAUUGAAGAUGCAGCUGCUCCUUCAGCGGCCUAUGUGGCCAAUGUACGGAUGGAGGAUUUAAUGGAAAAAUUGAAGAUUCUCAAUUACGACGAUGAAUUCGUACAGAAUAUGAAAAUGAAACCCAUAAACAGGCACUAUUUUGUGGUUCCAACAAACUCUGGAGAACAGUUUUAUAUGUUUACAUCCCUGGCUGCAUGGCUGAUUAGAAAAGCUGGGACUAAUUUUGAUCAGCCUCAGGAAUACGAUGAUCCCAAUUCUACCAUAUCCAUAAUCUUGGAUCACCUCAGGGCCAUCGAAGUUCCUAUUGAAUUCCCACCAAAUAAAUUGAAGCAGGGUGUUGGUGAACAUGCAGUCUAUGUCCUUGAUUCUUUAGCUGACCAAGCUAUCAAGGUUCUCAAUUUUAAGUGGAAAAAGGUAGAAAUACCCCCAGACGAUCCUACGCCAGAACCUGAAAUAGAAGAUGAUGAUGCAGAGUUAAUACUGGAAAAAGUUGAGGAGGAAAUGCUGGCAGAAUAUGAAGAGGAAGACGAGGAUGAUGUCUUACAUGUAGACGACAUAACCAAGCUAUAUGCAAAAAAUAUGUAUGAUGUUCAGAAGCCUGAAAAUAUUUUGGAGUCAACAACAGAUAUGGAGGAAUGGAAACUUGAAUUGGAGCGAGUCCUACCGCAGUUGAAAGUUACAGUGAAGACUGAUCCCCGCGACUGGAGGGCUCACUUGGAGCAGAUGAAGCAGCAUCGGUCAAACAUUCACGCAAACCUUACUGGUACAAAAAGUCAAUUAGAAAAGCUACAUUCUGAUAUCGGAAACACAUUAGAUAAAAUUAAAACUCGGGAAAUGUAUCUGAAUAGGCAGCUAGAACCUGGUCUGAAUGAAUUCCGAUCACUGCAGGAAGAAUUGUCCAAGGUGAAAGAGCAGUACAGAGACGUGAGUGGGGGCGUAACAGAGAGAACGAGAACUCUGAAUAAGCUCACUGACGAAUUGGAGCAAGUUAAGCGAGAAAUGGAUGAAAGAGGAUCGAGCAUGACGGACGGAACGCCGCUGAUAAACAUUAAGAAAACGAUAACAAAAAUGAGGAAUGAAGUUUCGGAGAUGAACGUGAGAAUAGGCGUUUUGGAAUACAGCUUAAUGUGCACAAGGGUUCGUGACCGCACGCAACUCCAGGAAGAUAUGAACAGUACCAACAGUUCCAUCAUGAUUUGAGAAGUCGAACUUCUCUUGCAUGCAUCUUUUACACGAGUUAGAAUUAUGCUCCAAGUUAUACAGGUCAUAGAUUUUCUAGUCAAUUUAAUCCGUCCAAACGAACAGUUGUGAGUCAUUUGUACAUUAUCUGUAAUCCUGAUUAUACUGGUAAUAAUCAUCUGACAAUUGCAUCUACA